CCUUAUGCUAUUUUGAAUAUGUUUGAAUUGUGUACUAGUAAUUUUCAGUAUUACAUCUUAGAGUUUUAUUUAUAUAUUGGACUUUUUAAAAAAAAAAAAAUUAUAGAUGGCUAAGCUAAAUUCAAUCCAUCCAAGGGGUUUGGCAUCCUAUAUUAAAACCACCAGAGAGCUCUUAGCGGACUCGAAACCAGGGAAGAACUCAUAUGAUGGCUUUACACCUUCAGUUCCAACUGGAGAAAUUAUCUCUUUUGGUGAUGAUAAUUUCAUCAAAUUUGAGGAGGCAGGCAUCAAAGAAGCCCAAAAUGCUGCAUUUGUUCUUGUUGCAGGUGGGCUUGGUGAAUGUCUUGGAUACAAUGGAAUUAAAUUAAGGUUUAAAAGACUAACAGGUUGGAAUGAGUUUGCUAUCUCUGCUUGAGACUAUAAGUUUUAUUCUCUGAGGCAUAAGUUUAGGCGUGUUCCAUCAAACACAGUAUCCAACAUCCCUACUUUACCUGUAAACUCUGUACCCUCUUCUCCAACUUGAUUAUCAAUCUUUGAAGUAUAAGGUUGGAUGUUUUAUGUAAAUGUAAUGUUCAAUGUGCCUUAGAACUCAUUAGCAUUUAUGAGUGUAGAUCCAUCUUAUGAAGUAUGACUUAGAACCACCUAGUACUUACUUUAAUGAUACAUUAUCUAUUUGAGGAUUACAUGUAAUGUUAUAGGUUUUUUUCCCUCUUUCCAUCUCUUAUUGUAAGUUAAAUUUCUCUAUUUUUGCCCCAUGAUGGAUUGUUUCAAAAGAUUGUAUAUGAAAUAUAAUAAAGCACUAAACAUACCAUUGCUGUAAACCUUACCAACUAAAGUUGAUUGCAGAGAUAUAUUGUUUUAACGUUGUAUAUGUUUGUAGACAUUCUCUGGCACUGAUAGUUCUUCUCCAGUGUCUAAUGUUUGAGGGUUUCACACAAUCAAUGAAGUAAGAGCUCCCCUGUGAAAUGAGUAUAAGCUCUUUCCUGGAGUUUCUAUUUAGGCUUUCUGUUCUAGGACUUUUAUUUUCUUUGAACUGAGACAUUCAAUUAGUAUUAAUGAUAAUCAGUUUAUAAGUACUAGCAUCUAAAAAGAAGUGUGUAUUGAACCUAAUGUUCAAGGAUCAGAAUGACUAGGAGAUAACACUAUUUCAAACACAUGUUUGUAGUAUGUUGAAAACUUAGACAUCCUAAACAAUAGUUUAGAGAAGAAUUUGUAUGUGAAUUCUGGACCUUUCCAUGGAUUAGAUUGCAAGUUAAAUCUGAAAUCCUAUUUUAGGGAAUUGAACCUCCUGUAAAUAUACUCAAUCUGAUAUUGGGGACAAUUAUUUUGAAGAGUAUGUUUGCAGCAAGUUGUAUUUGUAUCUGAUUUUGCUAAACUGCUGUUAUUAUUGCAGAAUCAAUAGCAGACUCCUUACAAGCAUCAUAUACCACCAAUGUCACAUCAAUCUCAAUUUCAUCCUAUUCACCAAAACCAUCAUCAACCAGUUCACCAAAACCAACAUGCAGUUCAUUUUCCCCAAAAGCAUCAAUGUGGGCCACCAUCACACUUACCUGAAAUUAAUCAUGCUUACCAGUCACUAACCAUGUCUCAACAUAUAGGUUGCUUACAACCCCUAACAGGAGGUCAUGUUGGAGCACACAUGCAUGUUAUGGUAAGGGUUUUAUUUAUGAAUGCAAGUCUCUUCCUAUGCAUGAAUUUACUAAGUAUUAGGAAUGUUUGCACUAUGUUGAUUGUGUUGUGUAAUUUUACAUGCUUUAAUUUGUCACUAUAAAAGCAUAAUCAAUGAUGUCUAGAACAUGAUCUAAUUACCUUUUUAGGAUAAUGUCCACUCAAUUUGUAGUGUAGACAGUGACUUUUGGUUUUGCUAUUUAGUGUUUUGUACAAAUCAUUUUAAGAAUUACUUUAAUUUUUUGUUUUUAACUUAAUUAUCUAAUUGUGUUGUUUAUUUUAUGCAUAUGCUUUUCCAUAGAAAUCUAUGAUAGGAUUAUUUACUUUAGGUAGUUCUUUGUAUUUAAUGAUUGUUUGUUUUUAUCUAAACUUAGUUCAAUGGAUUUAGAUCUUGAUUUAUUAUUAGUUUGUGGAUUCCAAAACAAUUUAGUUGUACUUUCAUUUGAAAUGUUGUUAAAUAUUUUGUAAUUUAUUAUGUAUUUGUUUUUUUAUUAUUUGAAACCAUAUCAGAUUAGGAUUAUAAAUAAGAGAAAUUAUUUGAUACACAGAUAGUGGAGUUUUUUUAACUUCACAAAUGGGAUUAAAAAG